GUACGUGGCCACACUGUUUCUGAAAUUGUCAAUUUGUUGAACGAUUGGUCGGUCCUUUCUCGAGCUCUUGUUCCCAUUUUUUACGUUUAUUUGUAUAAUAUGUGGCUCUUAUCGGAUACCAGCUGAGAGUAUUGAAGAUUGUUUAACCCUAGACAUUUUGCGAUGUUAAGAUGAUGCCAUUAAAAGACAACCAGGAUGUGGCAUCAUUCCUUGUCACCAAGCACUCGUGGAAGGGCAAGUACAAGCGGGUGUUCUCCAUCGGCACCCAUGGAAUCACCACAUACAACCCAGACCGUUUGGAGGUGACCAACAAAUGGCUGUAUGCCGACGUAGUCACCAUAGCGUCGGCAAAACACUCAAACUCGGCUGCCAAUCAUGACUUCACACUGGUCAUGAAAAAGGAUAAGAAAGUAGAUUCUAUGAAGUUUUCGUCAGAACAUAAAUGCUUGAUUCUGACUGAGGCUUUUAAGUACAGGCAUGCGUUUGCUGAGAAACCUAAAGAUAUUUACAGAUACCAAGCCUACAAACACCAUUGGAGCGGAACACGCCUCCCCAUCGUGCUAGAAGUCGGCCCAUGUGCGUUGGAACAACUAGACCCCUCCACACACACUCUUCUAGCCAGCUACCCAUACUGUGAUGUCCAAGGAAUACUCCCAGUCCGAGAUGUUCCUGGAGGGUUCGUCCUGGCAGUCGGAGGGUACUCCAGACUCCACCUGUUCUCCAAUGCCAUGGACCAUCAGAUCAUCAUCAAUAAGAUGCUGGAGAUGGCCAGUUUAACUCUUAGUAUUAGCAUCAAAGUGUUAUCCACCAUGAUAACCCUGGAUGACUAUCAUGACCAGAGAUUUGGGAAGUAUAGUGGGGAUCAACACCAGACAUCACUGAGCGAGUUCAUAGUACACAAGGUGAACCCAGCACGACAUAUGGAGCCGAUGCGACGAACACUCUGUUUAUCCGACACUUGUAUACUGGAGAGAGAUCCACAGACUUAUUCUGUGGUUUGUCUACGUCCAUUAAGUGACGUGUUCGCUUUAGUAAGAGACACGGAACAUCCACAGAAGUUCUCCAUCGAGUAUCUCAAUGGACAGACUCGAACGUACUUGGCUGGAGAGCGAGAUGCAUUGUUAGCAUCGUUGCUAGAUGGAGUCAGGUCGGCAGGGCAGCGCGAUGUGCACGUCAGAUCGGUUCCGACCCCUCGAGGAUACCGACUGGGACCUCUGCAUCAGCCUGUCGAUGAGGAGACGGAGUCCAACCAUUUGAGAUUAUUCCAGAACCCAGUAGGCAUGGGUCGUGCAGAAGUGAUAGAGCGGUUCAACUCCAACGUGGGCUACAGCGGACUCAUCUACUCCGUCAGCCAAGACCGACUGUUCGCCGAGAACAAGGAGAAGUUGAUCACGGGCGCGUUGACUGCGCUCGUCAGCUCCGCGCCAUCCGGCAGCAACUUAACGCCCCGGGAGUUAGAAGCGCAGUUCCACGCGUUGAGACGACUUUGUGCCAGCAAAGUGGGAUUCGCAGCGUUUACCGCCUUGCCUGGUUUCCGCGAAUGGAUCGGCACGGCGACCGUAGCGGCGCUGCGCCGAGGCUCACCUGCCUGCGCUCACGCCGCUCUAGACGCGGUCUGCGCACUACUGCAGCCCAUGCACGCAGAACCGGAUCUUAGGCAGGAACAACUGAAUAAGGCCAGCAUGCUGUCUUCUAGCACAUUCUUGGAUGGACUGUUGACUAUGUGGGCCGAUCAUGUGACGGCGGGUAGCGGAGCGCUAGUAGUGGCGGCCAUGUUGGAUUUCCUGACGUUCGCGCUGUGCGUGCCAUACAGCGAGACCACAGACGGCAAGCAGUUCGAUCAGCUGCUCGAAAUGGUGUCCAAGAGGGGACGAGUGCUCUUCAAAUUGUUUGAGCACCCGUCGCUGGCGAUCGUGAAGGGCGCGGGUCUGGUGAUGCGCGCGCUGGUGGAGGAGGGCGGCGCCGGCGUGGGCGCGCGCAUGCAGGCGCUGGCGCUGGCCGAGGCCGCCCUGCCGCGCCACCUGCUGGCAGCCCUGUACGCCCCGCCCCGCCUGCACCACCGCCACCUGGCGCGCCACCUCGUCGCGCUGUGGCUCGUCGAGCACGCGCCCGCGCACUCGCUGCUGCGCAGGAUCAUGCCAUCAGGUCUCCUCGCCUUCCUAGAGUCCACGGAAGCCCCGUCGGCCGCCGCCCUCGCCAGCGAGGCGGAGCCGGAGCGCGACAACCUGUCUCUGGCGCAGGCCAGCGUGAAGCCGCGAGCGCAGCACUGGGAGGCGUUAGAGAGACAGGUCAAAUAUGUCGAGAAGCAUAUUGAGCACUACGCACAACUAGCCCUCCAGCACUGGGCAGCCCGCCUGGGCCGGCCCGCCGCCGAGCGCCGCGACACCGCGCGCGAGCGGCCCGUCGUGCUGCGCCGCCGCCGCGAGCGAGUCAAGUCUACCGCCAACUGGCCGCUCUUCUACUAUCAGUUCCAUAAAGAUCAUGCGCUGCCUAACCUUAUAUGGAAUCAUACGACCCGCGAAGAACUUCGCAACGCUUUAGAAAACGAACUUCGCGCGUUCACCUCAGACCGCGAAGUAGCUGGUACGACCCUCACUUCAUGGAACCAUGCAGAACUGGAGGUCCACUACCAAUGUCUUCAGAAUGAGGUCAAGAUCGGAGACUAUUAUCUGAGGAUACUGUUGGAGCAACGGGAUAAUGAUGAUAGUCCUAUUAGGAAAUCUUACGAGUUCUUCAACGACCUAUACCACCGUUUCCUCUCGACUCCUAAGGUAGAAAUGAAGUGUAUGUGCUUACAAGCUAUGAGCAUAGUAUACGGAAGAUAUUUCGAAGACAUCGGCCCCUUUGCAGACACCAAGUAUAUUGUGCAAAUGUUAGAUAGGACAUGUGAUAGAAUGGAAAGGGAUAGAUUAGUACAGUUUCUAUCAAAAUUAAUAUUACAUAGAAGAAAUGUCAGCGAUAUAUUAGAAUGGAAUGGUAUUAGGAUCCUAGUAGAACUAAUGACUCUAGCCCACCUACACACGUCCCGGGCUACAGUGCCGGCGCAGAGCAACGUGAUCGAGGGUCCGCAGCAGCAGACCGGCGGCGACAGGGAGUGGUACUACAACGUCGACCAGGGAGACAAGGUGCAGAGGAAGGGCCCGGUCAGCUUCCAGCAGCUAAAAGACUUAUACAAAUCGGGCGAGAUAAACAACAAGACGAAGGCCUGGGCCAACAGCAUGGAGGGCUGGCGAGCUGUGGGCGGCGUGGCGCAGCUCAAGUGGACGCUGGCGGCGCGGGGGACCGCUGUGCUGGACGAGAGUGCUCUAGCUGCCACCGUGCUGGACCUGCUCAUCACUUGCGCUAGAUAUUAUCCCAGCAGAGAUGAAGAAGACGCAGUAAUAAGGCCACUACCAAAAGUAAAGCGCUUGCUAUCAGAGCCAGCGUGUUUGGCACACGUCGUACAAUUGUUGCUUACCUUCGACCCCAUUCUUGUUGAAAAGGUAGCAACACUUCUCUACGAGGUGAUGCAAGACAACCCAGAGAUCUCAAAGCUAUACUUAACAGGAGUAUUUUACUUCAUGUUACUGUACACGGGAUCGAACUUGUUACCUAUAGCGAGGUUCUUGAGGUUGACGCAUAUGAAGCAGGCGUUUAGAGCUGAUCAGUCAAGUUCAGACAUAAUGCAGCGCUCGAUAUUAGGGCAGUUACUACCCGAAGCGAUGGUGUGUUACCUAGAGAACCACGGCUCAGAGAAGUUUGCUCAAAUCUUCCUUGGGGAGUGGGAUACGCCUGAAGCUAUCUGGAACUCAGAGAUGAGACGCAUGCUAAUAAUGAAAGUAUCAGCACACAUCGGCGAGUUCACCCCGCGACUCCGCGCCCACAUCGCGGCGCGGUACCCCUACCUCGCCAUCCCCGCCGUCUGCUACCCGCAGCUGCAGCACGAGCUGUUCUGCAACAUGUUCUAUCUGCGCCAUCUCUGCGACACGCAGAAGUUCCCCGACUGGCCUAUACCGGAUCCGGUCGGUCUCCUCAAAGACGUACUUGAAGCAUGGCGACGGGAAGUAGAGAAGAAACCUCCGUCCAUGACAGCGAGCGAGGCGUACGCGGCACUCGGCCUCACUACCGGCCAGCACGACGAGGCAGCUGUACGCAAGGCGUACUACCGCCUCGCGCAGCAGUACCAUCCGGAUAAGAACCCGGAGGGACGGGAUCGUUUCGAAGCAGUGAACCAAGCAUACGAGUUCCUGUGCAGUCGCAACGUGUGGACGGGCGACGGACCCAACACUAACAACAUCGUGCUCAUUCUCAGAACACAGACUAUACUCUUCCAGAGGUAUUCCGAAGUCCUAGCGCCAUACAAAUACGCGGGCUACCCACAACUCCUGCGCACGGCUCGUCUUGAAGCGGAAGCGGAUCAGUUAUUCGCGGAACGAGACGCCGCGCCAUUACUGCCCGCCGCUUGCGAACUUGCGCAUGCGACUGUCAGAUGUUCCGCGUUGAAUGCUGAGGAGUUGAGACGGGAGGGAGGAUUGCAGGUUCUCCACGAAGCCAUGUCUCGUUGCGUCCCUGUGCUAUCAGAGACGAGCAAGCCAGGCGACAUGAGCGCAGCGGUGUGUGCUCACGCGGCGCGCUGCUUCGCCGUGGCCGCCGCCUUCCCCGCCUGCCGCGCCGUCUGCGCUGACAUGCCGCAGCUCUGCGCUGACCUCGUGCCGCUGCUGAGGAGGCCGCACCUAGGCGAGACGGCAUGUGCCGGCGCGGCGGCAGUGGGUGCUCUCGCAGCAGAACCGGAGUGUCGCUCGCAGCUCGCACGAGCGUCCGCGAUACCGGCGCUAUUGCCGCCUGCGCUGCGGUACGAUUACACGCUAGCUGAGUCCGGCGUCGAUACUGAUGCGCAGCUUAAUAAGCAGGAAGUGGCAAACCAGUUAGCAAAGCAGUGUAUAAUAGCAUUAGCAGCUAUGUACGGUCCGCACACACAAGCGUCGGCAGAAGACGAGAAUAUACGUAAUGCGCUGCACACCUUACUCACGCCGUAUCUAUGUGGAAGAUUGGCUGAGCCGGAUCAGCAUGAGCUCCUAAAAACUCUAACAUCGAACUGGCGAACACCCUACCUAGUAUGGGACAACAGUACUCGCGCAGAACUCAAAGAUGUGCUGCGCAAGAGUCGAGCCAUUGUCGAACAAGACGGACCGCUUGUCGAGCCCUUCACGUAUACUGCGCAUGAAGGACUCGUGUCAGUGGGGGGUGUUUAUAUCGAUAUCUAUAAUGAGCAGCCGGACUUCCCUAUUGAGAACCCGCAACAAUUCAUCCUGGAUCUGCUGAAGUUCAUACAAGAGCAGACGCAAGGAGACAUGACGACGGAGAGAGUGCAACACGUUACGUACGCGCUCACCGCUCUCGCUAACGUUAUUAUUAAGAACCCAGGCGCCGAAAUCCAAUGCAUAGGCCAGUUCGGUCUGAUCUUCGGCAUGCUGUCCGCCCGCCCGCACCCCGCGCUACAAGACGCCGCUCUCCGCAGCGUGCUCGCCGCGGGCGGCAGCAGAGAGUGCGUUGAAGACAUCGCUGCCAGCUCCGUGCUGGGUCAUCUGCUGGCGUUGCUGGGUGACCGGCCGCCGCGGCCUGAUGCGUUAGCGGCUAUGGCUGCGUUGUUGGCGAAUACUGCGCUGGUUAGAGAGGCGCUUAAUAAAGGUGCUGUGAUAUAUCUGUUAGAUCUGUUCUGCAAUAGUAAACUGCCGGAGACGAGGGAAGCGGCUGUCGAACUCCUCGCUAGGAUGAUGGCCGAUAAACUACAUGGACCUAAGGUCCGUCUAACAAUAUCGCGGUACAUACCGGGUGUGUUUGCGGAAGCGAUGCGCGAGUCCGGCGCGUCCAACGCGGUACACAUGUUCGAUGCCCAGCACGAACACCCCGAGCUGGUGUGGACUGACGACACCAGGAAACGACUGGCGUCUCAUAUAGCUCAGCUGAGGGACAGACACCAAUCAGACCAGCUCCGCACUCCCAACGCCACAUUCGAGGACCGGGAGACUUUAGAACGUGCAGCCGCCGGAGAACAGGCCUGGGCCCCAGCAGGCGAGGUGGUGGUGGACGGCGUGUACCUCAAGCUGUACCUGCAGAACCCGCACUGGAACCUGCGCAGCCCCAAGCGCUUCCUGCAGGAACUGCUCACGGAGACCAUCGCCGCGCUCAACAAGGAUGCCUCCGAGGGCAGUCGCGGUGAAACCUGUGCCCUAGCCCUAAGCGCGGCGCUCCGUGCGCGACCCGCGCUGGGUGAAGUGUGCGCACAGCUGGGCGAGAUGCCGCGGUUAGCGCGCUUACUGCCCACUGCGCCUAAGCUGGCCGUACCCGUCAUCACUGCGCUUGCUCAUACACAGGCAUGCGUAGUAGCGCUGUCUCAGACAGACGUGAUGUCGGGGCUGAAGAGCGCGGUGCAGUCGUGUCGGGAGGUCGUCGGCAGCGCGUGUGAGGCGCUCGCGCUUAUAUUCUCCAGUAACGCUAACACUGACCGGCUGGUGUUGCAGGCAUUAGAAACCGACCUCAUAGGCGAGCUACUCUCGCUCCUCGACACUCGUCUAGACGGGGCUUCAGCGGCCCAGUUAGUUCGAGCAUUAAAAGCGAUGUCUCGUUCCCCGCUGCACGGCGAGCGCGUGAAGGCAGUGCUGGCUCGCUCGGGCGUGUGGGAGCACUACGCGGCGCAGCGACACGACCUGUUCAUUACCGCUGCGCCGCAGAACAACUCGCUCACAGGGGCUCCACACACAGCGGGCUACCUAACGGCGCCGCCCUCCAGCAUUCCCGCGCAGCCGCCGCCCAUCGACUGACCGACGCACGUGCACGCGACUAACGCGACUAACACGACACACGCGACAAACGCGAUUCGUGCGACAAUCGCAACACAAGCGAGCCCUCGAGCCGCCUAACUAUACACGGUGCGUUUCUGAAGGCACAGCUAACCAGCUUGAAGGCUUAUGUGAGUAUUUCAUAGAAUCUCUUACGAAUUAACAACAUUUUAUCGAAAUUUCAACAUCGUCUCAUUUGUAAAUAUUCUACUACUCAAGUCACAUUUGGCAAUGAAAAUAAAAGUCAGACAUAAUAAUUCUAAAAUGAAACAUUUGCCUUACAUUUCUAAUAAGUAUUAACACAAUAAUUAGAUUAUUAAAAGUCUAUGUCGCGAUUUUCCAAGUUCAGUGUUACGCGCUUUCAGAAACGCGCCGUGUUGAGAAUUUGCCUUGGCGUACGGCCUACAGAUAUUAUUUCGGUGUAAGAUAUGCCUCAUUCUCAUGUAUUAUAGCAAUAAUUUAAAUUACGCUUAAUAAUCUGCAUGUCUUUGUAAAUCAUUCGUGAGGUGUAAAUUGCCAUUUAUAAAAUGUACUAACAAGGCAAAUUCACAUUUGUACUUAUGUAAAAAUAAACUCAAGUUUCUCAUGUUAUCCUCCUUAGUUUAUCGACGUCUCAUUGUAAAUUUUAAAGUUAUUAUUUACACGAAAUAUCGCCAGUGAAUGAUACGCUCGAAGUAUUAACAGCCAAAGUAAGUUUGUGUAUUUAGUAGCUCUGUUGUUCUAAAAUAGAAUUGUAAAAAAGUUUUGAUCUCUAACGAAAGGCAAAUAUUUACGUCAUUCCUACACGUUAGCGAUAUAAGGUUUUUGUAUUAGGAUUCGCACUUUUUUAUGAAUUUAGAUUAGUCUUUACAGAAAAUGUUGCACUUGAGUGCGUUACGAAUAUUAGUUUGCAAAUUAAAUAUGUAAUAUUGCAAUAAAUCUCAGUUGCCCAGUUUGUCAUGUACUACUUAACGAUUUGAUGUGAUUUUAUGGUAAUAUUUUCUUAGCAAUAACUGUUGGAGUAUCUUUAUAAGUGACUAUAUACAGUAUAUUCUUUUCUUGAACUUCUAACAUCGAAAAUAAAGACAAACACUUCAGCAAUCGUCGGAUAAAUUGCGUUAAGAAUAUCCGUGUCAAUAAUAAAUAGAAUUGUCACUUUUAUAUAAUAUCCUUGAUGUGUACGAAUAGUCUGCGAGUACAUGACAUAGUUCGAUAGUACAGGUUUGUGUGUUUAUCUCUUACAUACAAAGGCGUUCUUGCCAUAUUUAGUUAUUGUAUUUGAGACUGAAAAUCUUUUGGAAUACAAUUAGUAUUUUAUUUCGAGUUUUGGCACUAAAUGAAUUUAAGCAUACGAAGCCUUUGAGGCUUCUGUCAAAAAACAAUUUGUCGAAUAUGAUUAGUGAAAUAGACAAUUAUUAUGGAAUAAAAUUGUUUAAAAAAUAAUGAUUUAAGAACUUUUUUUACCAUGAAAUAAUUAAAAAGGAUUUUUACUGUGUACCAUACUUACCAUUACAUAAAAAUAUAUAAAGCUUUUUUAAUAAUGUUACUACUUAUUUACAUCAAAAUUAUGUGUGAUAAUAUUGUAAAGGAAAUUAAAAAUUAUUAUUUGGUUUAGUCAUAUCAUAGAGUUUUAAGGCGUCUAUACUUUAUGGAAAUUAUGAUGCUCUUAUGUUCGCUCAUUAAUAAUUGAGUACGUCCUAAUAUAUAUGUAUUAUAGUUAUAUUUAGUUAGUGUUAAGUAUGUUAUAACUACCGUGGUUUAUCAGCUGCAGAUAUAAGCUUGUGUUUUUAUUAUUUGUUGUGCUUAUUGUACAAAGCUGUUUCGUUUAUUUUCUUAAGCGCCAGUAGGAAUAAAUGUCGAUAAAUUACGGUAGUUGUCACAUCACUAGUUACGAUAAAAUGUAAAGUGAUUGGUCGUGAUGUUUGUGUUUUUUGUAUUUCGUGUAUUAUUUCGAAUUUAUAGAAAUAUCUUUGGCCAUAUCUUGUUUAAAAAACAUGUUUUGAUAGACUUACUCAAAAUUAUCGUCUAUUUUUAUGUAUUUUCUACGUUUUCUAUAUAGAGCUGUAUAGUAUUUUCUUAAUACAAGAAUGCUUACAUCACGAAUGGAUGGUAUUUGUCGAUUGGCACCAUGAAGGAAAAGCGCGGUGUGAUUAUAUGGAUAUUUUUAUAUCUAGAGAUAAGUUAUAUUGCUGUAAAAUAUACGAAGUUAAUAUAUCAAUCUAAAUAA